AAAAACUUUAAAAAACAGAAGAAAUGCCCUUUGGAAGAUUGAAGGACACCCCAAAGAAAGGCAAAAGAAAAAGCCUGAGGGUAAAGGAGGAGCAAUGAGAGAUUAAUUCUGGCCCUCGGACACCUCAAACAAAUCGCAGCAGCGUCGUAAGCCCUGGCGGCUUCCUCAUUGGUAGUGAAAGUGACGAGCCAAACUCUCUGUUUUCUUGCAGGAUCUCUGAUUUCUGCGGCGUAGCGACCACAAGGUUUCCUAUUGACUCCCCUGUAAUGAACUUCUAACCCAUUUAAGGUUGUCUUUGAAGCUGAAUAAAUAAGCUCAAUUUGAGAGGAAUAGAAGGAAAAGUGGAAAUAGGUUAUGUUUAUCUGUGAGCUCCUCAGAAAGCUGACUUUUGCAUUAAAAUUAAAAAUUUGCCGCUGAAGAGAAGGGUUGAUAGAAUUAAAGCAGCGUUGCUGAUUCUGCAUUUUUAUCGACGCAAGAAAAUAGAAUGUACACGGAUUUUCAAAGCCCGUGCUGUACCUGAGUAAUGUCUCUCGGCGUAAUAAAAGCCAGUUAAACAAUGUCUUCCUCUGAGGCAGCUGCAAAUCCCGAAGGAGAUAAAGCGUGCGAAAUCGAGGACGAGGAGGAAAAGGAGGUGGAGCAAUUGGAAGCAGAGGUGAAGGAUCUGGCUGAGAAGGUGAUUGAACUCAGAAGGACAAUGAAAUUGGUGUUCAGAGACAAGCUGGAGGCUUUAUUGCUAGCAAAGAGACCUACACUUCCAGAAGAUAAACCCUCUUCUUCAGAAGCAGGGAAAUGCAAUUUUCAAGAAGGUGGAUUCACAGAAAAUUUUGGAGAUUCGCAGUCACCAGAAUACCUGAACUUGGAACACAAUAUAUUUUACUCACUACCACUGAGUAUCACUUUACUUUUUAGACUGACAAAGUUGAUCCUCCAUCGCUGUCAAAAUUUACUGGAGCUGCCCAUUCUUCCACAAGGGGUGAUAGAGUUAGAUGUUGGUGACUGUCCUCAGUUAAGAAAAGUAGGUAAUUUGUUCCAUUUGGAAAAGCUAGAGAUCCUGAUUAUAUGCAGCUGUGGGCAGCUAUUUGAGUUGGUAGGACUGAGUUGUUUUAAAUCGUUCAAAAAAAUGAAUUUAGCUGGAUGUAACAAUCUCAAAGGCAUGGAGAGAGUUGAACAACUACAAUCCUUGGAAAAGUUGUAUCUUAAUGGUUGGCCUGCCUCUGAUAAUUUUUAUUGCUGGACCAAGGUAUGCGAUUGUUUGAUCUCCCUAAGAAAAAAAUUGUUUAGAAGUAUCAACUUUUAAACCACUACUCAAAUG